CAUUCAGCUCUGACCAGACCAGAGCGCGCGCCUGCCUACAUAUGCAGCGCGCGCGCCCGCCGUGUCUCCUUGUCUGACAGCGCUGGCCGAUCAAGCUCGCUCGCUCGCACCGACGACGACGACUAGGAAGAAGAGGAACGGCCGAUGGAGCACGGCGAGGGGAGGCACGAGGCGGCGCUGAGGGCGGUGCAGAGGGCGCCGGCCAAGCCGUGGCGCGGCGCCGGCGCCCCGCCGCCGCCCAGGGUGUACCGGGUGGAGCCCCGGGACUUCCGGGAGCUCGUGCAGAGGCUCACCGGCGCCGGCACGGCCACGACCGGCUCGCCGGCCGUGGGAGCGAGGAAGGCGCCGGGUCAUGCGGCCGCGGCGCACGGGCGCAGGGAGGCCGCCCCCGUGGAGCAGUUCGACUACUCGUCGUGGUUCUCCGCGCCGCUGCUCAGCCCCGCGUCCAUGCCGGCCGGCAUGGACGCCCACCAUGGCGCUCUGCUGUAGGAGAGUUGUGCUACGGUCGCCGCUCGCCGCCACUCGGCACUUGUAAAAUCGAGCUACAUGCCACAGUUCCAUCGCUUCUUCCCUUCUCGUUAUUUCCUUUCGAGGGAUGAUGACACAUGACAGUGCUUUCGCUCGUGUACGUAAUUGAGUAUAGUUCUUUUUAUGAAUAUAAUAAAUGAAUUAUUAGUUUGCUCUGCAA